AGAGAUGACGCGCCGGGACGUGCCCGGCUUCGCCAUCGGCGGCCUGAGCGGCGGCGAGGACAAGGGCCAGUUCUGGCGCACGGUGAAGCUCUGCACGGAGCGGCUGCCGCCGGACAAGCCGCGCUACCUCAUGGGAGUCGGCUACGACACCGACCUCGUGGUCUGCGUCGCCCUGGGCUGCGACAUGUUCGACUGCGUCUUCCCCACGCGGACGGCGCGCUUCGGCUCGGCCCUGGUGCCCUGGGGCUCCCUGCAGCUCAAGAACAAGCAGUUUGCCAAGGAUUUCCGCCCCAUCGACGAGAACUGCGGCUGCCCCACGUGCCGGGGGUACAGCCGCGCGUUCCUGCACGCGCUGCUGCGCAGCAACACGGCCGCCCUGCACCACCUCACCGUGCACAACGUGGCCUACCAGCUCGGCCUCAUGCGCUCCAUGCGGGAGAGCAUCCUGGCCGGCCGCUUCCCGGCCUUCGUCCGCGACUUCAUGCGCGUCCGCUACGGAUCGCGGCAGCGCUACCCGGCCUGGGCCGUGGAGGCGCUCGCUUCCGUGCACAUCCCGCUUGACUGAGUCCCACCGGAGCCGGAACCGGGACCAGAACCGGAGCCAGGGC